AUGAUCGGUCGGUUCGCGCUUCUCGUCUCCUUGGCAAUCGCCGUCGUUUCUGCACAGCAAUGCGAAGGUGAACUUUCAGUGCGCGGUUAAUUCUGUGAUGUAGAACUAGAAAUUUAGUGUGCAAGAAAGUGUUGGACGACGUGAUGGCGAAGGUGCCGGCCGCCGACAAGUCCAAGCCAGAUGCUAUCGGAAGACUGAUCCGGGAACACUGCGAAUCCGCCAAGAACAAGGAGCACAAAUUCGUAAGUUUCGAGAAUGUCUUCUCACUAGCUUUGAAUUCUAUUAACAUUCUACUGGCUGAGAUACGUCACGUAUGCAGUUACCAUGGUGACAUUGCGAAACCGCCGUUUUCUCGAGGGCAUUAUUAGCGAUCGAUCGAUAAUUACGUAAUAUUUCAGUGUUUCUACAUCGGAGCCUUGCCAGAGUCUGCCACGUCGAUCAUGAAUGAAGUGACAAAGCCGCUCAGUUGGUCCAUGCCGACCGAAAAGAUCUGUCUGGAAAAGCUGAAGUCCAAGGACGCACAAAUUUGUGAACUGAAAUACGGUAAGCCCUAAUUCGAUUUCUAUUUACAAUCUCAAGGUCGCUUGCAUUUUCCAUACUUUCCUUCGUCGUUAACUUUUUCUGAGGCUAAAAUUCAGGUUCUGUCGGCUUUACCAAAUCUGAUUUCCAGACAAACCACUCGACUGGAAGACCAUCGAUCUCAAGAAGAUGCGCGUGAAGGAGCUCAAGAACAUCCUCGGAGAGUGGGGAGAGGCUUGCAAAGGAUGCACCGAGAAAACCGAGUUCAUCAAGAAAAUCGAAGAGUUGAAGCCGAAGUACGUCAAGGAAGAGCUGUGA